CGCUGGGAUCACGUGUCCUCUGUAAUGACGUAAGCCUUCUUACACUUCCGGGGGUGUGUUAAGCGCGAUUCGGUGGAAGGUAAAAAUGGAAGUUUCGCGAUUAAGACUAAACAAUUGACCAGGACAUACUUAAUUUUACCAAGCAAACUGGCUUUUGGACUGGAUCACCCUACAGGUGUUUGAAUGGAUAAGUUUGUAACUCACUUAAAGAGAUCAGCUGUAUCUGCUGAGGAAGCUCAAUGGAAGAAAGAGAAACUAAUGAAGAGAUGCAACGAGGAUGUGUGUGAUGCAGAAGAGGAGUUUGCUCAACCUAUCCCUUGGCAGAAGAUCGAGGCAGAGAGUCUGGACUGUGACUACUGUUUGCCGUUUCACAAAAAUGAGGCUGAUCGUCUUUUCAACCAAUUAGAAGAAGAGGUGGUGUACUUUACAGGUGACAAAGCCAAGGUGCAAGUUUACGGAAAGAUGCACAACGUGCCGAGGAAGCAAGCAACAUACGGGGACGAGGGACUGACGUACUCUUUCUCCGGAGUCCAUCUGCUGGCCAGACCAUGGACUCCCACUUUAAUACACAUUCGAGAUGCUGUCACCAAGGCAACAGGCCAUACCUUCAACUUUGUUUUGAUUAACAGGUAUAAGGAUGGUGAUGAUCACAUGGGAGAGCACCGGGAUGAUGAACGGGAACUCGAUCCUGCCUGCCCUAUUGCCUCUGUAUCUCUGGGGGCUGCCCGUGACUUCAUUUUCCGACACAAGGAUGCACGAACCGGUCCUGCCAAACAUCAGAUUGAGCCUGUGAAGCUGGAGUUAGCCCAUGGAAGUCUUUUGCUCAUGAACUAUCCCACUAACAAAUUCUGGUAUCACAGCCUUCCAGUGCGAAAAAAGGUUAAAACGCCACGCAUCAACCUUACUUUCAGGCGCAUAAUAAAGAAACUGCAUUAAAGUGUA